UCAAGUUUGCUGUUUGUGUGAUAAUAACACAGGAACUUUUUCCCCCCUGUGUGUCGAUUCCACAAUGGCUUAUUUUUGGAGGCAGUAAGAGGGAUAUUUUGAGACACUGAACUUGUCAAAGAGUAUUUGUCGCUGGUCACAGCCGCUGUAAUGAGUUCCUUCCUCGUGCUUCAGUGCUACUUUUCCAGUGUGUCCAAUUGGAUGCCUUAUAAGGAGAGCUGUGCUCAGUUUUGAUGAGAAGCAUCACUUCACUCACUCCUGACCUCUACCUCCAGACACUCUCAUUGGAGGGCCGCACAGUUGGCCCAAUGAUGCCAGGAACGGUGGGGGUGGUCGCACCAGGAGGACCACCCCAGGGCGUGGCGAGUCUGGCCGGCCUGACGAGCGGACGCGGUACAUUCGGUGGGAACAAGCGCCGCAGGACAGCGUCAGGAGGAAAUGCUAUGAGUGAGGCCCAGGAAGGAAAGAUCAAGCUUGCAUUCUUCGUGGCCAUCGUUGGUGUAAUCCUGACAGUCCUCGGGGUGGGGACAGAGUACUGGGUGGAGCUGUCACCCCCAAAGAGUUUCUAUAACAACCAGACAUGUGUGACAGCUCACUACGGCCUGUGGAAAGGCUGCACAAAGACCCUGUGGGUGGCUGAUAUCGACCCAGAGAGAGAGAACUGCGGACCUGCUGAACUGCCUGGAGAAUCAAACUGCACCUACUUCAAGUUUUUCACCACGGGGGAAAACGCUGUGAUGUUUCAGAAGACAACGCAGAAGAAUCUGAACAUAGCCACGGCCACGUUGGCCCUCGUCAGCCUGUUCCUGAUGGUGAUGGGGGCCAUCUGCAUCACCAUGUCUCUCAGCAAAGAGAUCUUGUUCUUCCUCAAGCCAGCAUCAGUGUGCUUCAUUCUGUCAGGCAUCCUGGUGCUUCUGUCCCUCGUGGUUUUCCACCAGUCCGUCAUGGCUUUCUUGGCCAGUGACCACACGGUUCCUCUCGACCAUAAGCUCUCUUGGUCGGUGUCGUGUAUCGGCUGUGCGGGGGCCGUCCUAAUCGUCGGUGGGAUCCUCUUUCUGCUGCUGGCCCUGCCCUGCAGCCCCUGGCAGAGGUGUCUCCCUCAGAAGGACAGCAGCAGUAGCUAGUGGCCCGGAGGUGGUAUUGCACUUUAUCUGCCCUUCUGUUUUUGAGGUGGGAGGGUGCAGACGGGGUGAGACAGUUUCCCAAACACAUCUUAGCAAAGAGACGUUAACUUUAAAGGAGUCAUAUGCAUGUUUGUGAGAAAUUGGUAACUGAUAAACUCUUUUCUUUUUUCAUGAGAAGAAAAAUUCUUUGAUGGGUCAUUGUUAAAUGAUUCACUCAUGUGUCCCAUGCUCCAAUACUUUUUGGAUUGCAUUCAUUAAAGACCAAGUACUGAUAUUUUCAUCCUAUUCUCUCCUAAAUUUGCUGCCCAUAAAUUCAUUUUUGUUCCCUGACUGUUGUAAAGUUAUUCUCUAUAUGGGUAAAAGACCAUUUGAGAUCUUUUAUUUAUGACCCCAUGAUUUCAACACAACUAGAUAGGUGCCAAAAGCUAUAAAUAAGUGUUAAAGCUGAUCAAAUAUAAGUCCUUACUGCUCAAAUGUGUUUGGGAAACAGUCCUGUAUUGUCUUAUUAAUUAUACUGCAGGGUUUGGACACAAUUAACUGUUAGUUCAUUCGAUGAAAUCAGUCUUUUGAAUAAUUCUAACAUUUUUUUUUAGAUAUUAGCCGCUCCACUCCUUUGAUGUAAAUUCACAGUCAAACAACACUUUACAAACUGCUUUUUAAAGGAAAUGAUUGAAGUCAGUGGUUUGAACUCAUUUGCCGGCAGGGUAGCUAACAUGGAAGUAGUAUGAUCAAGCAAGUCAUAGUGAUCAGAUUAAAAGUGAAAUAUUGGCUAGAUCAUUUAUCUAUAACGAGUAUGUUUUUUUAAAAAUUUGUGCUGGUAAUUUUUACCAUUAACUUUAAUUUUCCUUGGAUGUUUAUGGGCUGAAUGUGCAAACAGUAGAGUUUACUGGAUCCCCCAAGCAGAGAACCAUUCAUAGUUUUAGGUUUUCAAACGAGACAUUUGUUGUAUUUGUUCAUUCUGGGAAGGUUCAUGCUCUUCAUGAUGUGCAGCAUCACACUGUAAAUGAUUUGGAUUGAGUUUAUAUACUAUAACUUUAAGACAAAACAAGGUCAUCUUGCCCAAAACACUGACCAUUUACUGUGGCUGGACUCUGAUUACAUCCACCUGUUGUUUCAUCACAGUUGUAUGUCUGCUCAUGGAAAAAAAACACCCUCAAAAAAACCAACCAAACAAACAAAAAACACCACACUCUGAAUGAACGGAACAGUUUAUUGACCUCUGAAAACCUCAAUUGAGAGAUUAGUGUAUUCUCAGUAAUGUGUGAAAAAAGCUUCACCUCUGCAGAGCUGCCUCUCUAAUGUCUAUGUUGGAUGUUUUGAUGUUGUUUUGUUAGUCAUCAAUAAACAUUAAGAUAGACAUAAUUAGAAAUACAUGACCUGCACAGUCAUGUGACAGGAGUAUAAUACAUCAGCGGUUCUGCCUGGAUGACAGCUAUGUUUGUUAAAGUCAUCACACAAUUCCUCCUUCCUGAAUUGUUUUUAUCUAUCUAUGUAUAUUCAUCAUCUGUCUGGCUAUUAAUCAUUAUCAGAUUUCACAUUGCAUUGUUUAGUAGAUACUAGACAUUGUAAGAAGUGCUAGACUUUGUAAAUUGUCAGACGAGCUGAUAUGACUAUAAAACUUUGUAAAGAUUUAUAGCGGCGUAGAUGCUACAUGGUGUUAAAUCAGCUAACAGUGUGUUCCGCUGCCAUGUUUUUACCUUCAGUGUUUUUCUUGGAUGAUUUAUGUUAGAACAAAGUGCUUCUCUGUGCCUGAAUGGAAGGCGAAACGUCUGUGCAACUUUUUUUUUUUUUUUUUUUUUUUGUUGAACUGAAUUGAUUGAGUAUGAAUGACUUCAUUUUAUUAUUAAACACGACAUGAAUAUUUAAUGUCA